AUGCCUCUGUCGACCUUCCUGCGCGGAGGGCACCCUUCGACUCCUCCACACUCCGACAACCUCGAGCACUCCACAUCGUCCAAGCUCAGCCCCAUAGGUAUCCCGGACGAGCACCUCGAGGCAUUCAACAGCUUCAAGGAGAACCUCACCAAGGCUGGUCUCUACAGCCCUGCCACUACAAGCUCGGCUGCUUCUGCCGACGACGCUACCCUUGCACGUUUCUUUAGAGCGCGAAGAUAUGAUCCUCGUCAAGCUCAAGCCCAGUGGGCAAACCAUCUAUCAUGGCGGAAGAGCAUGGAUGUCGACCGAUUGUACGCGACGUUUGACCACCAGACUUUUAUAGCCGCACAACAUUAUUAUCCUCGGUGGACCGGACGGAGAGACAAGCAUGGGGUUCCGGUGUAUGUUUACAAACUGUCGGCCCUGGGAGACAGGGUGAAGGAGAUCAACUCUGUACCCGUUGAAAGUCGCUAUGAACGAAUCGUCGUCCUCUGGCAGCUUAUGACCCAGUUCAUCACCCCCCUUUGCACCGCACUACCUCAUCCAGGGAACACGGCGAUCUACUCUAUUAAUUCCAUUAUCGACCUCUCCGGCGUAUCUCUUUCCACCAUGUGGUCCCUACGACACCAUCUACAACAAGCAUCAGAGCUAGCGACCCAUCAAUAUCCCGAAAGCAUGAACAUAACUGCAGUCGUCAAUGCACCGGCAUACUUCGCUACCGUCUGGUCAUGGAUCUCGGCCUGGUUCGACGAAGGUACACGCAACAAAAUACAUGUACUCGGCAAAGACCCAGGUCCUGUUCUUCGCACGUUAAUCGACACUGAAAACCUUCCGAAGGCGUACGGGGGCACGCUCGACUUCGAGUUCGACGAUGACCCAAAUUUGGACGACGACGCAAAGAAUCUGCUCGGUGAAUAUCCGCAAGGCCCAAUCAUCUUUGUCAACGGUAAAGCUGUGAGGCCGACCGUUCCUAGUGACACGACCCCUGCACGGACAUCCGCAACGACGAACGGCUCGGCCAAGAACUAG